AUGUCGAGUAAACGGAGUAGAAGUCCGAACAGAGACGGUAAACGCCGCAGUCGAUCCCCACGGAAAUCUGAAAAGGCAUCUCCUUUUGAUGAAAACAUUUUAAGCGAAAUCUCGAAACUACCGGAACCCAACGAAUUAUGGGACAAUCAGUUUCAAGAUGCUUUUACCGGCAAUACAUCUGCGCCGCCCCCGCCGUCCUUUUCACAAGAAGGUAACAACUAUCCUGGUAACUAUCAGCCCUCUUAUUCUGGUGGAUAUGAUGAGUUCUCAUCAAUGUCAUCAGCCCCACAUCCACAAAAUGUCUCCACCUGGAACCAGGUGCCAAUGCGGCCACCUCCACAAAACCAACAGGUGUUUGUCAAUGUUGAAGAUCAAAUCAAAAAAGAAGCAGCAAUAGAAUCAGAAAUGCGCCACCAAAAGGCGGCUUUGUCUAAACAACGUGAGGACUGUAUGAAGAAGGCCACCAUCCUCAAAAAAGAACUAGAGACUCUGAAAGAGCAGCGCAAUGAACUCCACAACGACCCCAAGCGCUCACCCAGCCCUGACACCAAGCGAUUUCUCAAAGAGAACACAAAACUCCAGUUGGAGAUCCAGAACAAACUGAAGACAAUCAACAACGUUGUGGAUAUGUUGAACGGUAUCAUCGGCGAGGAGGCCCAGUCGGAGAAAAACGACCCUGAAGACUCCGGCGAGCGAGGCUCCAAGCGAAAAUCCAGGUCGCCGUCGAACAAGAAGUUCAACUACGUGUACUACGACCCCGAGAUGCACUGGUGUCGAGUCUGCAACGAGUUCCCCGCCACCGCCAAGGACUACUUGACCCACCUGCACUCGCCCGGUCACCACAAGAUGGCCUCUGCCCAUAUGGAGGCGCCCUGGCACUCGAUGUCUGGAGUCAAUGAGGGCUUCCCCAACUACCCUUCGGCGCCCACCAAACGGACACCAAUCAGAGGUCUACAGUUCUUCGUGCCUUCGACGGCGUGGUACUGCAAAUUGUGCGAUCAGUUCAUAGGCGACCUGCACUGCGCAUCCGCCCACCUCAAGUCUAUCGUCCACUCGAAGAACUACACGAACUUCGUGGAACAGAACCCCCACUGGGAUACCGACUGGAUGUCGGAUCGGCAGAAGGCCUUCGAGAAGAGUAGGGGAAAGGCCAAGGCAGAAGAGAAGUCUCAGUAUGCCGCCCACACGAUCACCUUCAGCAAGGAUGGCUUCCACACGAAGCGGAAGGAGAGCCCCAACCCCGUCUCCAAUUCGGAGAAGAAGAGGAAGAAGGAGAAGCGUAAGAAGAAGGGGAAGAAGAAGAGGUCCAGCAGUGAGUCGAACAGCAGCACCAGCAGCUCGGAAAGCGAACCCAAGAAGACCAAAAGGAAAAAGGACAAGGACAAGAUGAUAGAUGACAAGGCGCUGAAUGAAUGGAUGUCAUCUAUACCGAUGGACAGCCUAAACUACAAUGAGAGGAAAUUGCUGGACAACUUGAAGAAUAGAGCGGAGGAGCAGAAUGAACGUCGGAAAUCGCGUUCGCGCGACGAGCGAGAGCGGCGCGAGGAGCGCAGAAUGGAGGAGAGGAGAGAGGAGAGGCAGGACAGGAGAGAGGAGAGAAGAGAGGAGAGGUCGGACAGGAGGGACGAGAGGCCCGAGAGAAGAGAAGAGAGGCCCGAAAGAAGAGAAGAGAGGCCCGAAAGAAGAGAAGAGCGGCCCGAGAGGCGGGAAGAGAGGCGGAACGAGCCGCGACCCAGAUCGAACCAGCAAUCGUCCGAGGCCAAAAAGCCGGAAAUUAAGAAGAUGCCUUUUAUCGGAAAAAUGCCAGUGUUCAAGAACUUGGGAAAAAAUGUCAAGGUCGAGGACCAAAAAAAGGACGACGAGAAGAAAAAACAGGAGGAAGAAAUAAAUAAGAAGAGAAGAGAAGAAAUGGACGCUGAGAUACAGAAAAAGGUGGCGCAGUUCAAGGAGAAGAUCGCGAAGGCGCAGCUGGAGAAGCAGCAGCAGGAGAUGGCGCCGCAGCUGCCGUUCAGCGCCGCCACGGCCGCCAAGCUGGGCCUAUUCCCGCCGCCAGCACUCCUCAAUCCGCCGCUGCCGCCGCAGACGCCGAACAACCUGCCCAAGGACUUCCAGGACGCGCUCGACAUAAUAUUCCCGUCGAGCGCGAAGCCGGCCGAGAUGCAGCAGCAGGAGGUGUUCGUGCCGGGGCUGGGGGGCUUCCCCGUGCCGGGGCUGCCGCUGCCCUUCCCGCACCUGGGGCUGGUGCAGCCGCCCGUCUCGCAGAUGGUGGUGGGCUUCGACGUGAACGCGCCGCUCUUCCCGCCGCAGCUCUACGACGCGCACGUGCCCGUCGCGCCGCGAACCAAGAGCGCCCCGCCCGCCGCCAAGGCGCCGCAGCCCGACGCGGGCCGCAAGGAGCAGCUGGACGAGCUGGCCAUGCUCGGCAUCGACGCCACGGACGUCGGCGCCUCCUCGGCCAUG